CAUUUCAAUGAAAGACCCCUCAAGUGAAGGGAAGGUCGACCCUCACUGCUGUGCGCGCUCUCGACCGCCAGAGCGUGCUCAAGUCCUCCCGUCAUCACUCCUCUCUUAUCCUCCCUUUCUUUCUCUUUCCCUCCCUCCCACCCUCCAUCCGUGAAUCAAGCAUCACUUUACUUCCAAAUUGGCUUGUCAUUUUCUCUCCUCGCGCGUGCAUUAGCUGUCGGGUCGCAUGGACGAUCUAGCGAUGGACUGGCGCUGAUGCCAUCGCUGGACCCACUCUGCGCAUCUUCCUCUUAUUCCAGAAAAACACUGAUCGGGAUACAGCACAGGGCACUGUAUAUCCAUUGGGUUUGGGGGACGCAGGAUACUCGAAAUAUACUGUUCCACCUCGUCGUGGUUCUUCAGGAGGCUUCAUAAACGCGCAUCUGGGAACCAUCAUCUGCGUGUUUUAUUCACACACUGUCACGGGAAUAAAGGAGCAUUCUGAGAUCUCACACAGCCUGAUGCUGUUGAACACAUCCGGAGCUGACUAUUAUUCCAGUGCUUUAUAAGAUGCGGUUCGUGCAUCAGAGACGAACUCCAUGGCUAAUGUGAGACGCUUCUUCAGCGAGUCAGUGCAGAGGUCAUCAGGGUCAUCGGCGGUCAUGUGGUCCACACGCCUGCUUUUAUUCUUCGCCCUCUUCACACCCGUCACGCUCGUUUUAAGUCGUGCUCCAGUGCCGAUGGCUGUGGUGCGUCGAGAGCUGUCGUGUGAGGGUUAUCCGAUUGAACUGCGCUGCCCGGGCACCGAUGUCAUUAUGAUCGAGAGCGCCAAUUAUGGGCGCACAGAUGACAAGAUCUGUGACUCGGACCCCGCUCAAAUGGAGAACACUCGCUGCUAUCUGCCUGAUGCCUACAAGAUUAUGGGCCUCAGGUGUAACAACCGAACUCAGUGUGCGGUCAUUGCUGGUCCUGAUGUUUUUCCUGACCCGUGUCCUGGAACGUUCAAAUACCUUGAAGUUCAGUACGAAUGUGUGCCAUACAAAGUGGAACAGAGAGUCUUUCUCUGUCCAGGUGUAUUGAGAGGUGUGUAUCAGACUGAGCACCUCUUUGAGUCGGACCACCAAUCUGGUUCAUGGUGUAAAGACCCGCUACAGUCAUCCAACAAGAUCUACUAUAUGCCCUGGACACCUUACCGCACAGAUACGCUGACCGAGUAUACAUCGAAGGAGGACUUUAUUGCGGGUCGUCCUACCACGACAUACAGACUGCCCCAUCGUGUGGACGGCACAGGCUUUGUGGUGUACGACGGUGCGCUGUUCUUCAACAAGGAACGUACACGCAACAUUGUUAAAUUCGACCUGAGAACUCGUAUCAAGAGCGGCGAGGCGAUUAUCGCUAAUGCUAAUUACCACGACACCUCGCCGUAUCGCUGGGGUGGGAAAACUGACAUCGAUCUGGCAGUGGAUGAAAACGGACUGUGGGUCAUUUACGCCACUGAACAGAACAACGGACGAAUUGUUGUCAGUCAGCUGAACCCUUACACGCUCCGAGUGGAGGGAUCAUGGGAUACGUCAUAUGAUAAGCGAACCGCCUCCAAUGCCUUUAUGAUCUGCGGAAUUCUGUAUGUAGUGAAGAGCGUUUAUGAAGAUGAUGAUAAUGAAGCGUUGGGGAAUAAAAUUGACUACAUGUACAACACCGAGAAGAGCCGGGAAACACACCUCAGCAUUUCUUUCCCAAAUUCAUACCAGUACAUCGCAGCUGUGGACUACAACCCUCGAGACAAUUUGCUGUACGUGUGGAACAACUACCAUGUUGUCAUAUAUUCUCUAGACUUCAGGAACAAUGACAACAGAAUGGGCUUUGAUCCUCCUUCUUCAGUCUUGCUUCCUGAUGCACUUCCUCCAGUACGCAGCUCCACAACCCCUCCACGCCCAUAUACGGGCACGCUCCGCCCCUCCCUCACUACUACGACAACAACAACCAUGGCUCCGCCUCGCCGCCAUAACAACAUCCUCCCAGAAGCCCUGACACGGUCGCCUCCAUCCCUCCAGACUCCAGUCGCUGUUGACUAUUGCACCCCACGUCUCACUGCUGAAAUCUCCUGGCCACGGACACACCAGGGACAGCUUGCUAAGCAACCAUGCCCACCUGGCACCAUAGGUGUAGCCACGUUUAAUUGUUUGCUUGGCUACUGGGAUCCGAAGGGACCAGAUCUGAGCAACUGCACCUCACCAUGGACCAAUCACAUCACUCAGAGAAUGAGAUCGGGAGAAACGGCUGCUAUAGUAGCACGAGAGUUGGCUGAACAGACGAAGGGAGAGUUGAGACCCGGAGAUGUCCCAUCUACAGUCAAAGCCAUGGCACAACUGGUGGAGCUACUGGAUGUACAGCUGCGAAAUCUCACCCCGGGGGGAAAAGACACAGCGGCACGGAGCUUAAACAAGCUUCAGAAGAGAGAGCGAUCGUGCCGUUUCUUCAUACAGGCCAUGGUGGAAACGGUGAAUAACCUUCUGCAGGUGCGAUCCCAGGCGGCCUGGAGGGAGCUCUCUGUGGCCGAGCAGCUGCGAUGUGCAACCAUGCUGCUGGACACGGUGGAGACCGGUGCCUUCAUGCUCGCAGACAACCUCCUCAAAACCGACACUAUACAGGAGAGCACCGACAACAUACAACUGGAGGUGGCACGUUUGAGCACAGAUGUUAAUCUGGCGGAUCUGAGCUUCCCUCAAUCUGGACAAAGCGGAAACGCCAUUCAUCUCUCCGCCAACACACUCAAACAGCAGGGACGCAAUGGUGAGAUCCGCUUGGCACUUGUUCUCUAUAAGAACCUCGGUCAAUACCUGUCCACGGAGAACGCUAGCGUGCGUCUGGGAAGUGAAGCGGCAUAUCCAAACUAUUCCCUGAUAGUCAACUCACCUGUUAUUACAGCAGCUAUUAAUAAAGACAGUAACAAGGUCUACCUGUCUGAACCUGUGGUCUUCACUGUCAAACACAUACAGUCGGAAGAGAACUUCAAUCCCAAUUGCUCUUUUUGGAGUUACUCCAAACGCACCAUGAGCGGAUACUGGUCGACUCAGGAUUGCAGGCUAUUAGGCACCAACCGCACUCACACUUCCUGUUCCUGUACACACCUCACCAGCUUCGCAGUGCUUACGGCCCACGUGGAGGUCAAGAAAACAGACCAGGUGCACAAGCUGCUGUUGGACGUCAUCACGUGGGUCGGGAUCCUGCUGUCUCUGGUCUGUCUGCUCAUCUGCAUCUUCACCUUCUGUUUCUUCCGCGGUCUCCAAAGUGACAGGAACACCAUCCACAAGAACCUCUGCAUCUCCCUCUUUAUCGCCGAAACACUCUUCCUCACCGGGAUCAACCAUGCAGACCAGCCCAUCGUGUGUGCGGUGUUUGCGGCCCUGCUGCAUUUCUUCUUCUUGGCUGCGUUUACAUGGAUGUUUCUGGAAGGCGUGCAGCUGUACAUCAUGCUGGUGGAAGUGUUCGAGAGCGAGUACUCGCGCACCAAGUACUUCUAUCUCGCUGGAUACGGAGUGCCUGCUGUUAUAGUGGCUGUGUCUGCCGCCGUGGACUAUCGCAGCUAUGGAACCGAAAGAGUGUGCUGGCUCAGGUUGGAUACAUACUUUAUCUGGAGUUUCAUCGGGCCUGCUACUCUCAUCAUCAUGCUAAAUGUUAUUUUCCUGGGCAUUGCACUAUAUAAGAUGUUUCACCACACGGCGAUUCUCAAGCCUGACUCCGGUUGCCUGGACAACAUCAAGUCCUGGGUUAUUGGGGCCAUAGCUCUGCUGUGUCUGCUGGGGUUGACCUGGGCGUUUGGACUGAUGUAUAUCAAUGAGAGUACAGUCAUCAUGGCCUACCUCUUCACCAUCUUUAACUCACUGCAGGGGAUGUUCAUCUUCAUAUUUCACUGCAUCCUGCAGAAGAAGGUGCGUAAGGAAUACGGCCGGUGUCUCCGCACACACUGCUGCAGCGGGAAGAGUGUGGAGUCCACCAUCUCCACUUCAACAAAGACCAGUACAGCGCGCACACCUGGACGCUAUUCCACCAACUCACAGAGUCGUAUUCGUAGGAUGUGGAAUGAUACGGUCAGGAAGCAGUCGGAGUCAUCUUUCAUCACCGCUGAUAUGAACAGCUCAGCGACUCUCAACAGAGGUACCAUGGCUAACCAUCUCAUCUCCAAUGCUUUGUUACGUCCUCAUGGCACUAAUCCUUAUAACACACUGCUGGGAGAGUCUGCUGUGUACAAUAACCCUACAGCCAACAUGUUCAACACGCAAGCCUCCUACAGAGAUUCAAAAGGCAUUCUCAACAAUGUACGGGACUCCAGCGUUAUGGAUACGCUGCCGCUUAACGGUAACCACUGCAACAGCUACGGCGUGGCAGCGGGCGAUUACCUCACCUACAGCUCUCGAGGCAACGAGCCGCCUACAACGCUAGAGAAAAAGAUCUUGAAAGAGCUGACGGCGAACUACACGCCAUCGUACCUCAACACCCAGGAGCGACAGGGAAAAUCCCACCAGGGGACCCUGACCAAUAAACUCAACAACCAUCUGGCCAACGGAGGGGUCGCGGGGUCAUCGUCCAUCGCCACAGACAACGUCAUGGUGCUCGACAACCCUGCAGCGUUUCACCGUCACGACGAAAGCAGCGGGUUAACUCUGGAGCUCAUUAGGGAGGAGUCACAAGCGCCGCUCCUCCCACCCAGACCGCCCCCUCCGGAAAACCACGCCCCCAUGCACACGUUUUCAUCCCACCGGCGCCUCCCGCAGGAGAACACCGAGAGCUUCUUUCCAUUGCUCCCCAACGACACACACUCGUCACACACUCCCCGCGCGCACACACACUCCCCCAUUACAGACUCGCUCUAUACCAGCAUGCCCACGCUCAACGACCUCCCACAGGCACCCGACGACCUCAUCAACGGUCUCCAUGAAGACGAAGAAGAUGAAGAGGACGACGUCGAGGAGGAAGAAGACGGUGAAUUGCACCUGGCCAACGGCAAAGGGGUCAUCAUGGAGGCGGAUGACGUGUACUACAAAAGCAUGCCGAACCUAGGCUCCAGGAACCACAUACAGGAACUCGACAGCUACUAUCAGAUGGGACGCGGAGGCAGCGACGGCUUCAUCGCCCCGUCUGAAAAAGAAGAAGACUCUUCGCCUGAGGAACAGCCACCGGACCCCUCACAGCUGGUCACCAGCUUAUAGACACUGACAUGCACACACACACACACAUUCCCAUGCGUGCGCAUGUGUGUGUGUGACUCGAUGCACAAGGCGUGGGAUACACUACCUACUGCACUGAUAAAGAGACUGAUUCCAGUACAUACAAGUCACCAAAAUCCUGCUCCAGUUAGAACCAGUAACCCAUUCCUACGAGUGUAGGCAGGUCUUCUGAAUUUUCUUCUCAUCAAUCUGCUGAGUAAAACUCUUGCAGGUUGUCCGUUUGGAGAUGAGGACGAACUUUUGCUCCAUUUGCAUAACCCUCCUUUAUCCAGUGUCCGUCCGUUUCUCCCCCAAACUCUCCAGGGAUUGUGGCGAGCGACUGUGGAAAACGCCGACCGUGUAUGAUAACGAGACUCUGAACUCUUCUGUCGUACUGAACUGCAUUACCCAUGAUUCCCUGCUGCGCACAUUCCUUCUCGUUUAGCACCGAUCUCGUUGGAAUCAGAAAAAGACUCUUCUGUUCUUAAAGACUGAGGACGCAUCUUGUUUUCUUACGUUUAUUUUUCUGUAAUAAUCUUAAGUUAUCUUAAGUAAUCCUGACUAAUUACAAAGAAAUGGAACUGUUUUCCGUGUAAAAUGUACAGAUUCUGAUAUUGCAUAUGAUCGUAUGCGUUUUAUUGUUUUCUUGGUCUAUUUUGCCCCUUGUAUGUGUUUUUGUAGACUAGACCAAUCCCACAAUGCUGUGUUGGUCCUCCAAAAAACUAUCCCUUAUAACGCACAGCACACAUAUCUACAUACACACUCUCGUUUGGAAGGAUGACCAUUGCCUCCUCUUCUCUUUUUCUUUUUUUUAAAUGCAACACUUCGUCAUUCUCACUGUGUCGGUGAUAACCAAGAGACUGUUGUGUGAUUGACAGCUAUUACAGAUGGGAUCCCAAUGAUGCUGGAACGACGUCGUUUCGUGAGUUCCAGCUCAUUAGCACGCCGUCUUUUACGUGUAAGAGCAGAAAUCCUACUUUGGAUGCAGGUUGAAGAAUUCCAGUGAUACAUAUUGACACAGCUAAAGUUGUUCUCUCAGGCUAAAACCUCACAUAUCGAGUUAUGUUUUAAACUUAAGAGCUUAAUCAAGAAUGGUAAGACAGUCUAGCAGGAUGUGAAAUGGAACCGAGCAAAUAAAAGUGUGAAUCAUUAUAACGAAUCAUAUGUAAACACAUCAAAUAAGCAUGUAGAGAGUAGAAGGAUAGGACUUUAAUGGAGUGGUUUGGAAGAUGGAAGCAACCUUGUAAAGGUGGGUUUCUGAAACUACUGUUUACUUGCUCUCAAACUGAGACUCCCUGUAGCUUGCACAUCUAUCCCCUGUUAACCCACCCUGAGAAAAUUCACUGCAUAUUUAUUAGUCUUAUUUUUUAUUUUCCAACAGAUCAGAAACUUGGAUCUUAGAGAGCGUUUUUUGGAUCGGCACUGAGACCUUUUUUAUUGUUAUUAUCAUCAAUAUUGUUAUUAUUACAAUAUGGCUGAAAUUAUUAUUUAUUCUUUUCAUAUGCAUUCUAAACCGAAUGAACUCAUAACUAAUAUUUGUUGUAACAGUGAAAGUUGUUUGCCAACAAAUAAAAUGACUGAAUUAAUAUUUGCAAUAUUUCGCAGGG